CCUGCUUCUUGAUUUUCUUGGCGGGGAAGUGGUGAUUAUACACAUUCAAUCAUAGCGUAUUGCUUACUUCUAUUUUUUAUGCUACCAUCACACGAGUCCUCUUCAUUAGCAACCCUCCUCCUCAAAAAAUGCGCCUCCACGACCGCCCUCCGAAAAGCACGCCAACUCCAUGCCCUCCUCCUAACCUCCGUGCCCGCCACCCUGCACUCGCCGUUUCUCAAAAACAAUGUCCUCUCCAUGUACUCAAGAUGCGGGUCCCUCGGGGACUCCCGCCUCAUGUUCGACAAAAUGCCUCAAAGGAACACCGUUUCUUUCAAUGUACUGAUAUCGGCCUAUUCUCGGAGCACAAGACUCGCGCUCAAGACCAUCAAGCUGUUUGUGCAAUUGGGAAAUGAGGGCCUUAAGCCUAAUGGAUCGACAUUCACAAGCUUAUUACAAGCAUCUUCUUUGCUUGAAGAUUCCAUUAUUGGCUCCACUGUUCAUACCCAUGUCAUAAGGUGUGGAUUUUCGGGCAAUACAUCUGUUCAGACCUCAUUACUUGGAAUGUACUCAAAUUGUGGGGAUUUGGAAUCUGCAGAAGAAGUUUUCAGCUCCAUAGUGGAGAAAGAUUCUAUGGCUUGGAAUUCAAUUAUUUGUGGGUACAUGAAAAAUGAUAAGAUAGCCGGUGGUCUUCAAUUUUAUGGAAAGAUGAUGAUGUGUGGUAUGAGUCCUACCCAAUUUACAUACUCAAUGGUCUUAAAUGCCUGUGGUAAACUAAAAGAUCAUGCCUUUGGGCAGCUUGUCCAUACCCGUUUGAUCGUAUCUGGCGCACCAACUGAUUUGCCUUUACAAAACUCAUUGCUCGACAUGUAUUGUAGAUGCGGCAAUACCCACACCGCAUUUGAUGUUUUUAGUAGAAUUGAGAACCCGGAUUUAGUUUCCUGGAACUCGAUGAUAGCUGGGUAUUCUGAGAGAGGACGUGGUGAGGAGGCCAUGGUAAUGUUUGUCCAAUUGCAGCAAAUGGGAUUUGAUAGACCUGAUGAAUAUACAUUUGCAGCCAUCAUUGCGGCAACAGGAGCAUUCCCAGCUUCGGGUUAUGGAAAACCACUCCACGCCCAGGUUUCAAAAAUGGGUUAUGAGAGAAAUGUCUAUGUAGGAAGCACUCUAAUAUCUAUGUACUUCAACAAUGGCGAAUCUGAUUGUGCCCAAAAUAUUUUUAGCUUGAUUGCCGAAAAAGAUACGAUUCUAUGGACGGAGAUGAUUGCGGGUCAUUGUAGAAUGGCUGACGGAGAGAAUGCAAUUAGGUUCUUCCGUGGAAUGUCACAACAAGGCCAAAAGAUUGAUAGUUUUGCUCUUAGUAGUGCUUUGAGUGCAUGUGCCGACCUUGUAACCCUGAGACAAGGUGAGAUGAUUCAUUGCGAGGCUAUUAAAAUGGGAUAUGAUAUCGAAAUAUCUGUGUGCGGAAGCCUUAUAGAUAUGUAUGCCAAAACUGGGAAACUUCAAGCUGCUGAAUUGAUAAUUUUUGAAAUAGGAUUCCCUGAUUUGAAGUGCUGGAAUGCAAUUCUUGGUGGGUAUAGUCACCAUGGGAAGGCGGAUGAAGCACUGAAGGUGUUUGAAGAGAUUCUAAAGCAUAGUCUCGAACCAGAUCAAGUAACAUUCGCUUUUCUCCUUUCUGCUUGUAGCCAUUGUGGUUUCGUUGAUGAAGGGAAGUUUUUGUGGAAUUGUAUGAGAGAAAGGGGUUUGAGGCCUCUACCGAAGCAUUACUCUUGUAUGGUUAGUUUGUUAAGUCGGGCUGGACUCUUCAAGGAGGCAGAGGAAAUGAUUUUGGAGUCACCUUUUAGUGGAAAUUAUCUGGAUUUGUGGCGAACAUUGUUAAGCUCAUGCAUUAUUAGUAAAAAUUUAGAAUUAGGGGUUCGUGCUGCUGAGUGGGUUUUAAGCAUAGAUGCAGAUGAUGGAGCAACGCAUAUACUGCUGACUAAUCUAUAUGCUGCUGCAGGGAAAUGGGAUGAAGUUACAAGAAUGAGGAGAAAGAUAAGAGAGCUCAUGUUCGAUAAAGAUCCUGGUCUAAGUUGGGUUGAGGUCAUAGAUAGUAUCCAUGUAUUUUCCAAUAGUGAUCAAUCGCACCCAGAGAUUGAUGAACUGCAGGGUGAAUUGAAGAGACUAAAAGGAAACAUGAUGAGAUUAGAAAGAGAUGAGAUUUGACACAAUGGGAUGCUGCACAAAAGAUGCAGGCAGGGUGGCUUCAGACAUGUCAGACAGAGGGGUUCACUUGCACCCUCUUCUUAUAUGCAAGAGCCACCCUGUGGAUGCAGGGAGUAGUCUGGGAUGAGCAAGGAGCUUCUGUUGUGGCCAAACCAUCAGUUCUUGGUUUUACCAAAUCACAUACAUUUUAUUCAAUGGUGGAUUGGAGGAGAUAAAACACAGGACACGUUGCAAAUUGCAUUUAGAUAAGAAUCGAAUUCAGACACGACGCUCAGCAAGUAGAGCUUCUUGGUGACAGCCAAACCAUUGACAAGACUCAAAUCCUUUGAUUAUUGAUGCGAAAUUAUCAUCUGAUAAAUGUCUCUUUUGUUGUGGCAUGCAGUAAAGCUUGUAUCUGGGCUCUAACAACGUGCUACAGCCAACCAUCAAAGAAACAAAAACUAAACAAAAGAAAACAUGUUACAAACUUGAAGAACAAGAAAGCACCAUUAAUUCUUCAGAGAAGAACCAAAAGGGCAUAAAUCUUCCGAGAAAUACUACAAUCAUCAAAGAUCUCGGAGUUGUUUAAGAUUCACUGGAGAUACGUAUUUGGGGUCUCCUUGGAGUAGCUGUUUGGCAAUGAUAAUAUUGGCAGCCUGGCUGGGGUGGUAAGGGUCCCAGAACACGUGCUUGUCACGGUCCUUACAUAAACUAGACGAAGGUCCACAUGGAACAAUUCCAGCAAACUGGCCCCCAUU